CACAGUCACCCACAGACCGAGGUGCAGCCCGGCAGACCACCUCUGGCCCCCGGCCGCUGUCCACGCUUGGCAGCCCCAGCCCUGAGCCCCUGGCCACCCCCCCUCCCCAAUUGAAGGAGCCGAAAGCGAAGAGUGAAGAGCGAGCAGAGAGAUCGAGAGCUAGAGAGACUAGCCGGAGAUCUCUGGAGCCGACCUCAAGGUGACUUCGCUUCUCCACACUUCUUGUCUGGGGGGGCCCUGGCCGGGCAGCCCCCCAUAGCUCUCCUGCCCUAAAACACGGCUCUAGCCAACCUGCUUCGCUGCUUCACCUGUGACCGGCUCUGUGGGGGCUGCACAGCGCCAGCCCCUCCAGCCCGCCAGGGCAUCGUGCUGCAGCCUGUCAUGCCCAGCUGCGACCCGGGCCCGGCCCCCACCUGCCUGCCCGCCAAGACUUUCCGCAGCUACCUGCCUCGCUGCCACCGCACCUACAGCUGUGUGCACUGCCGUGCCCACCUGGCCAAGCACGAUGAGCUCAUCUCCAAGUCCUUCCAAGGGAGCCACGGCCGCGCCUACCUGUUUAACUCCGUGGUCAACGUGGGCUGUGGGCCGGCUGAACAGCGCCUGCUGCUCACCGGGCUGCACUCCGUAGCUGACAUCUUCUGCGAGAGCUGCAAGACCACGCUGGGCUGGAAAUAUGAGCAGGCUUUCGAGAGCAGCCAGAAGUACAAGGAGGGAAAGUACAUCAUCGAGACCUCACACAUGGUGAAGGACAACGGCUGGGACUGAGGGCUCAGGCAGGCUGCGCCCCGCAUGCCCCACCCUCCUGCGCCUGCCCCGCCCGGCCCCGCGCGAGUCCAGACCAGCAUGUGUACUGCCCGCCCAGCCCCGGCUCCGCCCACCUCCCUGCCCCCACCGCGCCCCCUGGCAGCAGGGGUCUGGGGGCCCCCCGGAGUGUUGAAGGCCCAGGGGCGGCAGCAGCAGUUGGGAAACGCAGCACCAGGAGAGGGGGGCUGGGGGCCGCGUGUGCGCAAGGUCCAGGACACAGACGGCAGGGUGAGGACCCGGCCCCUGUCGUUUGGAGCACACAGAGGUCUCAGGCCAGCUGAGCCUCAGCCACAGGAUAGCAGAGGCGAGGCUGGGUUCAGAUGCCCGUCGGAAGAUGGGGAAAGGACUCAGGCGGCAAGGAACGCCAAGUCUAGGCCCUGGGCAGCAGCUUUGGGGCCCAUAUCACCCGCUGUUUACCUUGGCACAGGAGAGGCACUUUGCGUUUCUACCCCUUGCCACUGGCAGGGAGGAGGGAACGCGGCACCGCAGCCCCACGCCAGCUGGCAGGGUCCGGGGCCAGGCGAGUGGCCACCGCUCCCUGUGACCCUGUCCCCUGGAGGGCAGCUGGAUCAUCAGGGCCACGGGGCAUCCCGUGGCUGCCACCAGCGAAUGAAACUUUUGUAUGAUACAUAAAGUGUUUGGGUCUAUUUUUAAUAAAAAGGGGAAAAACCACUGUGAGGCGCUCUGUCCCAGCGUUCCUUCUCCACCCAUGUGCCACAGCUUGUGUCCAGCUGCCACCAGGGGGGAACCUCAGGUGAGCCUCUGCUUCCUGAGACGGGGUUUAGAGAGCUGUAUUCCAACCAGAUUCACAACA